GGGAUUCUGUGUUUGGUGGUCGCCAUGCUGGGCGUUGUGAAUAUAAUUAUACUACAUUGUAUACUAGCCGAAGUGCUUCCAUAGAUCAGCCCCUCCGUAGACACAUCGGUCCAGUAUGGAACCGUCCAAUCCGGAAGACCAUGUCGGCAGCUCGACGGGCGAGAACAGCAACCAGAUGCCGAUCUCCGACGACGUGAAAGCCCUGCUCACCGACGCGCGAACGAACAAUAAAUCGGUGUGCUGCGAACGCUGCGACUCGGUCGUCCUGAAGGCCGGCGACGCCUCGCUCUCCCAGGUGGAGUUCUUCCUUCCGCACAUGAAGAAGAAGACGGAGAACCAGCGGCCGGGCGACGGGGAGACGCUGCGAGAGUUCUGGCUCGUCGGCGACAUGUGCACGUUCGAGAACGUCGGAUUCAGCAACACGGUGGAGACGACCAAGUACCUGACGUGCGCUGACUGCGAGGUGGGACCCAUCGGCUGGUGUGACGUUCGCGACAGGACCAAGUUCUACGUCGCCGUUGACAGGGUUUCGCACAAGUGAACGUUCGCACGGGGUUGACGGCGGACUGAGACCGGGCGCGGCGGGACUUGUGGACGGUGCGUCGGACGUUGCGUUGAUUUGAGCGCGCCGUCAACGAAAAACAAAACUUUGUUGAACUUGAACUGACUUUGUUUUGAACUGUUGGACUUAGUUGCGUCGUUCGGGCGUUUUCGAACGUUACGUUCGCAAAACAUUUUUGCGCAGUUUUGAAAUUUUUGUGGCAGUUUUUGCUGCUAUUGAAACAGUGGAGCUUUCUGCCUAUCAAAUUGGCUGCAGACGUAUAAAGGAGUGAACUGUAUUUUACUGAGGAAUCGACUGCAAGAGAAGAGAAAGUGGUAACCGAUAAAGAAUUAAUUGGAAGCGAUGUCCUUUGUGCUAGCUACUAUGGCGGACAAGCAGGCUAGGCAUUACCUGAGACAGGGUUCCACCUCUAAGAAACCACUCAAGGAAAAGCUGGUUCAGAUUUACGAGGCAUACU